CUAGGCUUUUGUAAAAUCAACCUUCUUGCAGUUAUCUCUCAAAUCUAAUCUUAAAUGUAAUGAUAAAAAUGCCAAUGAGUAGCUGAUAACAAAAGCCUCUAGAUAAACGAGCGAAUAUUAUAGAUGUGUAAAUCAAAGAAGAAAAAGAAGAAGAAGAAGAAUACAUUAAUGAAAAUCUACACUUGGAAUGCUACAUGCGCUUAGGGCUGAUUAUUGAAAGUCGAUAUCAUUUCAUAAAUUGAUUCGUGAAAAAUCUGCAAACGAAAUUCCACCUUUGCCGUCUUUGUUAAGAAUACCCGCUACACGUUGAUGGCUAAAUGGACAGAUGGGCUUUGCAAGCAAACGAAUAUAUGGCCAUACCUAUUCGUAGAUUUCUGUCCAUAUAAUGCUACUUGUUGCCAGAUGCAAAAGUUUUACAACAACGUAUUGCUCACUUAGUUGAUGUUGAUUCAUCAGCAACAAGAGAUACUCAAUUGAAUGGAUACGGGAAGAAGAUCGCGGUAACCGAAGACAGUGGAUAAGGAAUAAAACACAAAUUGAUGCGCAAAUGUUAGGAAUAAACAAUGAAAUUAUGGCCUGUUUCCCACGUGUUUUUUUUAAUAAGCAAAAAAACAGUUUUACACCAGCUGAAGAUGAAAAUCUGGACACAGUGUUCAAUGCUAACAGUAACUCAGUACAAAUUGGCCGUUAUAUACGACGUGAGGAAACAUGUCUGUUUAAUAGCAACGCCAACGAGCGCCUUAAAUUGCAACAGCAACAACGACAAAGUGUUUUGAAUAGAAGCAAUCACAGCAGCAAUAAUAUCAAUAAUGAUAGCAAAAAUAUUCAUAACUUGAAUGGUAACAAAUGCAUUACAAAAAAUGAAGGGGAAGAAGAACAGAACAUUAAUAAUAAAAAAUAUCAGGCAAACACAAAGCGAUUACAAGCAAUCAAUGGAACUUUAUUAACUAGUCAUAAGGAACCAAUCAAUCAACCAUUCAACGCAAAAUUGAAACCUGUAAAGAGUAGAAGGCCAACAGCUUUACCUCUGGAAGUGCCAAGCAUUGAGGAGGAUUCACGCGUCAAUUCGACGUUAGAAAUUAAUACUGCAUUAGCUAAACGAAAAGCCAAGUUUUUUAUAGGCAGCAGUGAAACCGAUGAUGACAACGAUGAUGAUGAUGAUGAUGAUGAUGAUGUCGAUAGCAACUUUAGCAGCGAAGAAUUGGAUGUUGAGCCGGCAUCUUGUUCUUCCCCUAAUACUUUAAAAACCUCAAAUGCUUACAGUGAACCCGGUAUGAAACCAGCAAAGGCAAUCUCGACAACAUCUUGCGUUUCUCUGCCACCAUUUAACUCACUCGGUUUUGUCAAUGGACGGCAUCGUACUGAGAAAGUCUGCAGCACUCUUAGCAAUAAAUUCGGCAAACUGACACGCAACGAUACGACUUUCGCAAAUUUGUCGUCAGAGCAGUCCGCCAAAGCAAACGUUCAUAUACCCCCUCCACCGCCCUUACCAACUCAGCCAUUGAUAAAAAUCGUCAAUCGCACUUCAAAAUACAAACGAAAUUCUAAUCAAAAUAAGUUAUCUUCGCCUACGGUAGACAUUGGUAGAGAGAGUAAGUCUUCCUCCGCAUCGGAACUACCUAAUAAAGAAGGACAAACAGGGAGAGCAUCCUUGCAACCUACUGAAUGUGUAAACGAGACGUCGGUAAACCUCAAAAACUGUAGCCCAAGGGAAAAUGCCGCUUCUUGUCGCCUUGAAGGCGGUCUCAUAUUUCCGCGAGCCAAUUUUCCCGGAAGGAACGAUGUAAAAAUUGAAUACAUUGAGAAGGAUGAAACUACGCGCAAUCUCAUACGACUGGCCAUAGAGAAAAACGAUUUUCUCAAUAAUUAUAUGGAUAAGGAACGUAAAGAAAUGGUUAUAGAUGCCAUGGAGUUAAGACAUAUCAAAAAAAAUAGCUUCAUUAUUAAUGAAAAUGAGGAGGGAUCAGAGAUAUAUGUAUCCGAAGAGGGGCAGUUCGAUGUUAUUAAGAGCGGCCAGAUAAUUGGUAGCUUUGGGCCUGCUACCGUGUUUGGCGAACUUGCCAUUCUUUAUAAUGCUCAACGGUUCGCUUCGGUGAGAGCCGCUUCCAAUGCUAUUGUGUGGAAAAUCGAUAGAGAUAAAUUCCGCCAAAUUAUGGUCAUUUCUGGCUCCAAGGAACGAGAGGAAAAUUUAAGCUUUUUGCGUUCGGCACCUUUCUUAAACGAUCUCAGCGAAGAAGUUUUAGACAAAGUAGUCGAUCUGCUGCGAAGAAAAUUUUUUACUACCUAUACUUGUAUAGUUAGAGAAGGGGAUAUUGGGAAUGAGUUUUUUAUAAUACGCGGUGGUACUGUUACUAUUAAAAAGAAAACAGAGUCGGGCGUAGAACGUGUAGUGGAUAGACGAAAAAGAGGAGAUUUUUUUGGAGAGCAGGCGCUACUGAAUGCUGAUCGCCGUCAAGCCAGCGUUUACGCGGAUCCCCCAGGCACCGAGGUGCUAAAAUUAGAUAGAGAAGCGUUUAUUAGCUAUUUGGGUACCAUUCCGCAACUACGCGAGUUACCGAUAGAAAAGGCCGACCAAGAUGCACGUGACAACAAUCGAAAAUCUGAAUUUGAUAAUGAAUAUGCCUAUAUAGAGCUGAUGGAUCUAAAAAAAAUUGCCACAUUGGGUGCCGGAGCUUUUGGGAAAGUGGACUUAGUGGCCUUCGGGGAAAAUACCUUUGCUCUGAAAAUCAUUAAAAAGAUUGAUGUUGUAAAGCAAGACCAAAUCGAGCACGUCUACAGUGAGAAGCACGUUAUGAUGAAAUGCCGCGGCUCACCAUUUGUAAUCGAGUUAUAUAAAACUUUUCGGGAUGAUAAGUUUGUAUACUUUCUUAUGGAAGCUUGUAUGGGGGGAGAUGUAUGGACAAUUAUGUCCCAGCGACGUUAUUUCGAUGAGAACACUGCUCGUUUUAUAGCUGCUUGUGUAGUGGAAGCUUUCGAUUUUUUGCAUUCGCAUAACAUCAUCUACAGGGAUUUGAAACCUGAAAAUUUAAUGUUAACCACGGACGGUUAUUGCAAGUUGGUCGACUUCGGUUUUGCGAAGCAAUUACCAGUCAAUCGAAAAACUCAUACCUUUGCCGGAACACCAGAAUAUGUUGCACCUGAAAUAAUAUUAGAUCGUGGCCAUGAUCGUUCCGCCGAUUAUUGGGCUUUGGGUAUUUUAAUAUUCGAAUUGUUGGUGGGGAAGACACCAUUUCGUGGACAAAAUCAAAUAAAAAUUUAUCAGCAAAUAUUGGGUGGUAUCGAUGUAGUACAAAUGCCUUCAAAAAUUCCUAAACCAGCACAAGGAUUAAUACGAGCCCUGUGCAAGCAGUUACCGGCCGAAAGGUUAGGUUAUCAGCGAAGAGGUAUUAUGGAUAUUAAAAAGCAUGGCUGGUUCGAUGGCCUGGAAUGGCAAAAGUUGAAGAAGAAACAGUUAAUAUCGCCAAUAAAACGUCCAAUAACGAGCAAUGUGGAUUUACGCUAUUUUGGCAGUCCUGACUCAACAGCUGUUGACCACGAUCCGCCAGUGGAAACAAGUGGAUGGGAUGUGGAUUUUUAAAUUUUCAAAAUACUUCUACUACCGCUUCUAAUAGAAUUAAUAAAAUUAAAGAUAGGAAAUUUAAUCUAAGGACAAAUCUGUCAUUGGCAGCAUUUUCGUGCCGAAACUUUAAUGCUUCUGUAAGGCUUUGCCUAUAAGCUUAGAAACAUAGUGUCUCUAGUUUAUUAAUUAUUGAUAAUAAUGUUAAGGUCAUGCUGUGAAUCUUGCCUAUGAUAUGUUUAUAACUAUUUUCUUGGAAAAAAAAAAAAAACUUCAUUAUUAUUAUUUUAAAGUGUGACAUCGUUUCUGAACACUAAAAAAGCGCUCGAGAAAAUCAGAUGUGAAUAAUAUUUUGCAAGUUUUAAAGAGUAAUGAGUUUAAUAAAAGAAGACUCAAGUGCUAUAAUUUAUUCCUUCUUUGAAACUGAAUCAUCAUCCUAUUAGGAAUUAAGAAUGCAGAGGCGAAAAUGUGUAUUGCACAUCGUCCGCUUACCAUAAAUAGCUUGGACAACUAAUUUCCAUCUGGAUACUGUUCAUUUGGUGAUGGAUUUCUUAAAAAAGACUAAGCUAUAAUAAUAAUUGAAGACAACAAUGAAGUUGUGUGAAAGAUAAUCCAAGAGGAUGAACUCGAUGGACCUAUAAUUUUGUGCCUGAUAUUUCGCAAGUUCAGAAUAUUGUGUGGUGUCACCGCUUGUUACGAUAUAAUGUGCGACUACGAAAUGCAAGUAUAAGAAGAUAACAUAAGUGAAGCUCCGAUUUUAUAGUAGACAAGCAGCUCCGGUUAUCCAUCAAAAAAAAAUAAUUGAAACUUAUUUAAGGAGAGGUGAAAAAUUUAGUGAUAAAGGUGCAUUUCUAAGUAUGCUAAAUAAAUUAUAGGGAAAAAUAACUACAGCAAUCAAACGAGCUAAGCGUAAGUAAUACCUAGAGUCAACAAUCGAAAGCUUGCUUAAACACUUCAUAUAGAUUGAAAAAGUAUCCCUUUCCAAAGCUUCUUCUUUGUUCCGUAGCACGGCGAUUCACUUAGGGCUAAAUAACAGCGAUUGAAAGUGCUUUUACGUACAACAAGAUACCCGAUAUUUGCAUCGAAAUAUGUUAUAAUAAUCAUUUUGAAGAAAAACAUUACUGCUCUGUCACAUAAAUCAGCAUCUGAACGAAUGGUGGAUAACUUCAAAUGACGAAAGAAAGUGAAUAAAGGAAUAAAUAACAUAAUAAACUAUAAAAAUGUUUAAAUAGAAUGAUAGCAGCGAGGAGCUACGGAUAAGACAUGUAACAUUACUAAGGUCUAUGAAAGAAUCAAUUGAUGAAUUAGGUGUUCGAAAAUGCAAUGAAUCCAAGGCAUUUGAAGCGUGCAUGCAAUGCGAAGAAAGAAAUUGUUGCUAAAGAUGAUUCAAAAGUACCUUUUCUUGAAAGACGAACAAGUUGUUCGCUUUCUCACAACAUCUCGCCUAAGACUCAACAAUUUUCAUCAACAGAAUGCGUAUCAAACGGUAAACAAUACUCUUACACCACGGUAACGCCCUUUCGCAAAUCAAUAGCUGCAGGAAUCAACUUUUCUAAAACCAUAAAGUGGACCAACCUCUUCCUAUUCGCAAAAGUCAAUGACCCAUAGCGGCAAUGGACGCAACUGAAGUGUACAUAAAACUGACUUGUAAGAUAUCUUUAUAGAAUAGCAAAAAUCUGAAGAAUGAUGAUUGGAAAAAAUGAGAAAAUCUCUUUUAAAUUCAAUGGAAAAACUUUAUAAAACAACGCGUAGCAGCAAAACAGUGAAGACAAAUAAACCAAUUCGGAUAGCAAAUGGAAAACUUAUGUAUAUUUAUGAAAUUCAUUUUCAUAGUUUUGCUAGACAUGUUUUGCCAAAUCUUGUCAUUUGAACUAAACAUUAACUCGGAACGACAAUUGAAUGACGAAUUUGUUACAUCCGUAGAUUACGCUGGAGGAUAUCAAAACAAAUAUGAAGAGAUAAAUAGAAAAUUUUCAUUUGAAUAAAUUUAUAAAGACAAUAUAAA